GGCCGGAAGUAUCUUUGUCUGCUGUUCCUGGGGCGCCUGCGUCUCCUCUUCGGGCCUAUAGCUGGAGCCAGACUGAAGCCGGUGGGGCCUUGUUUGACUGUGCUUACCAGGCCCGUCUGUGUUCUGACCAGGACUGGGGUCAGAGGGUUCAGGUUGGCUGAAGUUCAAUCUGGCCACUGAGGUAGAACAGACAGACUAUCAUCAAAACUAUUGGUGGGGGGUAAUUUGUUAGUUAUUGAGUCUUUUUGUUGGAGACUCGGCUUGUGUUCUGGGUUGGCAGUUUUUCUCUUGCACACAGCGGAUGACUCAUUGCUUCACGCAACUUUUUUUUUCCUAUCUCAAUUCAGAGAGGAACUGUGACCUUUUACAAUACAAUAACCCAAAUCAAACUGAAGGUAUGGCUCAAGAAACUAAUCCGACCCAAGGGCCUAUGCUAUGUGCGACAGGCUGUGGGUUUUACGGAAAUCCUCGGACAAAUGGAAUGUGUUCGGUUUGCUACAAAGAUCACCUACAAAGGCAGCAGAAUGGUGGUAGAAUGAGUCCAAUGGGACCCGCAAAUAAUUCAAAUGGAUCCAGCUCUGAUUUCACUCAUGCCCAGCGAACAGAAAGCUUAAGCAACAUGGAGGGUGCCACCAUCAAUAUAACUGCCAAAACGAGAAACAUGCCUGGAUCAGCCUUGCCGGUGACACAGCAGAUGACAGAAAUGAGCAUUUCUAGAGAGGAGAAACCCACAGAAGCUGAGGUAGAGGAGCCAGUUGUAGCUCAGCCAUCUUCAUCAAUUGCGUCAGAGAGUGCUUCAGGGAAUGAAGAAUCUCCCGAAGUACCCAAAUCAAAGAAGAACAGGUGCUUUGCAUGCAGGAAGAAGGUUGGUUUUACAGCAGGUUUUGACUGCCGGUGUGGAAAUCUGUUCUGUGGACUCCAUCGUUAUUCGGAUAAGCACAAUUGUCCUUACGAUUACAAGGCAGAAGCAGCAAUGAAGAUCAGGAAAGAAAACCCUAUUAUUGUGGCUGAGAAAAUUCAGAGGAUUUAAACAGACAACUGAAGAGGACAGUAACUAUCAAAGACUGUGUUUAUUCCUUCCAUGUCCUCUGAUCUAUUUGAGGAUUUUCAUAGAGCAGAUGCAUGGGCUACUGUUCCUUGUCUGUCCAAGUUUCUGCUUUAGCCCUAGUUUCUAUUAAUUGUAAGGUGGUUGGACGUCAGUUUCGGAUUAAUUGGGCACAUCGUAUUGCAUGGCAAGCAUUGACCUACAAAGUGGAUAAUGGACAGGUUAGCAGUGGUUCUGAUGUGCCAAGUCAACACGAUACCAUGCAACAUGCUGUAGUGAUUUAAAUUCUGAGUAAAAUGACCAACCUGAAAUUUCAGUUGACUUCAGUAUAUUGCUUUUCAUGUCUAAGCACUGAGCGUUAGUAGCCUUUAGAUUUCAUUGUGAUAUAUGUUCUGUAGAAUUAAUCGUUAUAUGUUGAAUACUAUAGAACAUAUCUUUGCAUAGAUAAGGUUUGAAGGUGUGUGGCUGGCUCCAGUAGUACUGUUAUGGUUCUUGACUCUCUCCCUAUCUCUCUAGGUAUAUUUAGAAACAGUUUUGUAGGUUAAUGAUUUUCAUUCUGAUCAGAUAGUUCUUUUUCUUGUGAAAAUUUUUAAGAAGGCUUCCAAAGUCGUUGAUUAUUCACUUUGUAGUUGGGCAGUGAUUAUUGCUGCUUGCCUCUGCAAAAACUAGCUGGGUCCACAAAUGGUGGCCAAGUUACGAAUCACUUCUGCCAGCAACCAGAAGUGCAUCACACUGAUCCGCUUCCAUGUGUUUGGAAAGUAUUUUACUCUGCAUGUCAGACUGAACAAUGCAUAUUGCUGUAGUGGCCAAGUUAAUCUGGCUCAGUUGGGUUACAUUUGACUUAACAGUAGUGAAGCCUGGCUUUAUGUAUUAGCAUAUGUACAUUAGUCGUCUGUAGCUGUAUGAUAAAUGCAGGCUGUGCUUUACUAAAGGUUGCAUAUGUCUUUAGCAGAUGUGUUAGUAAAACAGGUCAAUUCUUAGCUGAGAUUAUGCCCAAGCAACUUUUCUGAUGUCCUGCUUGUAUGAAACAUUGGGUGUUGGUGGUGCAGAUUAUUUUUACACUGCAUUGAUGCCAAUUGUGCAGUAUAAUGCUGGUAUCUUUCCAAUGGCUAAAACUAGACCCCUUCCCAUGGCUGAUGCUCUGCAUUACCCACAGUAUAACUGUAGCACAGCCAACUUUUGAUUUUAAAAACACUCUGGCAGUCUCCUGGACUGAAGUUUGCCACUUCUAAUGCUAGAGUUUACAAAAGUUGGCUCUUUAACAUUAACUAGAGAGAUUUGUGCAAGGUGCCGUAUGUGUGCAUUGAAGUAUGCAUGCUCUGCUUUCCCCAUAGAUGGAACAGUACAAACCAGCAGUGCUAUCGUGGCUGUAUGCACUCGGCUCAUAAGUGCCCUCAAAUAAGUGCACUGCUUAGUUCAAUGUAACUGGGGACAUAAUGUUAAGUGUACAGGGGUAGGAGUCUAGUGUUGGUUUGUAUUGCAUGGGUCUCAUAUCUUCAGCAGUGUAAUGUACUAAUGGCAAAAUACUUCACCGAAGCUGUUGUACUUUUUAAAUCGGUUAUAUUGGAAGGUUUUGUGAUGUACUAAGUAUUUGCAUUUUUAAACCAGUACAGUUAGACAUGUAGUGUGAUUGGAACCUUUAAAUAGAUAUUAAGUUAACAAUUUGUUACCCAAGCUGUGAUCUUGAUUGCUGUUCAUUCUUGCAAUACCGGGUAACUCUGCACAGUUAACUAUAAUACACAGGGGCUUAGAUUUUGACAAAAGUAUAGAUAGUAUUUAUGCCUUUUUAAUUUUUAAUAUUCUAGAUAUGUAAUUUUUACAGAAGUGUUUAUAUUUAUGUAAUGCAUAUAAUCAUGCUACAGCAUCUAUGCUAAAUGGGGUGUAAAUAAAACUUAUGUACAGAAAUAACUUUUGGCAUGUUGCUGCUUUUUCUUGAGAAUAAAAUGAUGAAAUAA